AUGAUGGAUAGUGAAUAUCAUGAUGUUCUUGAUAGAGCAGAUGAAAUAGAACGAGUAGGUGAUUUAAGUUGUAAUAAAAUUAAUGACAGUAAUAGUUUUACUAACUCUAACUUAAUUACUUGCGAUAAAUUUUUUAAAAGCAAAAAAGAAGAUGAGGAAAAAAAAGACAGCGACGAAAAAGACGAAAGAGACGAAAAAGACGAAAGAGACGAAAAAGACGAAAGAAACGAAAGAGACGAAAAAGACGAAAGAGACGAAAACAUUAAUCCCUAUGAGGUAGCCCCAAAAAGCAAUAGUAGCAAAAUGAGUAGUGAUAAUAAUGCAAACUUUGUAGACGAAAUAAAAAGCAAUUGGAGUAGAAGCGAAAGUAUUAAUCGUUACAACAACAUAAGUGAUAGUCUGUCCAAGUUGAAAACUAUCAUAAAAUAUGAAAAACAAAAGGAUGAUGUAGAAAAAGGUGGAGAACAAAAAGCAAGUAAAAAUGAAGAAUAUAUGUACAAUAGAAAUAUAGAGCAUAAUACGAGUGAACAUGGAAUAUUCAAUUUAUAUAAUGGGGAGAAAAGUAUACAUAAUAAUACAACUACGUAUGCUCAAAAAGGUGUAAAAAAAGCAGACAAAAAUAAUAAAGAGAGGAAAUUAUUAAGAAAUAUUGCUAAAGCAAAUUCAUUGAAAAAAAUAGAAAAGAAUAUAAACCUUUUGUUAGAAUCAGAUGAUGAAAGUACAAGUGAUAUAGAUGCUAAUAAAAAUAUAAAUGAAAAAUACACCUAUGGUGAACGGGUAGCUGAGUUUACAAAUAUACCUCCGUCUGUGAUAAUAAAUAACUAUAGGAAAGAAGCAAGUAGCUUUGAUAACACACUUGGAAAAAAUAAUUUUUUAGGAAGACAUGCAAAUGAGAAUGAUCAAAGUGAUAAUAGUUACUGUUAUUACAACAGCCGUAGUGAUAUUGGUAGUAUAACGAAUGGUGAAGUUAACAUUACUAACAAGAGAAAGGAGGUUAACGUAAUACCAUAUAAUUUUUCGGAGCAAAAAAGUAUGGUAGAUAACUAUUUGAUUAACACCUCGUUAGAUAUACCGAUAACGUCUGCUCAAGGUUUCAAAAGGGAAUUCAGCUUCGAUUGUUACGGAGAAAAUGAGAAAUACAGCAAUGCAUACGCAAAUGGUCGUAGAAGUAAUGGUAACAAUAACGAUGUUAGUAGUAGUAACAAUAUUAGUAGUAAUAAUGUUGGUAGUAAUAAUGUUGGUAGUAAUAAUGUUGGUAGUAAUAACGCUAGUAGUAAUAACGCUAGUAGUAAUAACGCUAGUAGUAAUAACGCUAGUAGCAAUAACGCUAGUAGCAAUAACGCUAGUAGUAAUAAUGCUAACAGCAGUAAUAACAAUGCUAACAGCAGUAAUAACAAUGCUAACAGCAGUAAUAACAAUGCUAACAGCAGUAAUAACAUGAACAGUCUGAAUAUCAGCAGGUUUUCCCAAUUUUCCAACAUCAACGAAUUGGUAUUAGACGACAGUAACACAUCCAUUAGCUCCUUUACAUUUAACGGUAAUAUAAGUAACACACUAAGUAAGGACACACAUAGGAGGGGUAACGGAAGUGAACAUAAUCAUUUAAGCAGUAUGUAUAGCGAUAAUUAUAUAAAGGACGACGAUAAUGAUAAUGAUUAUGAUGAAAAAGUGACAGGGAAAAAGGAAAAUUUAGCAGAGAAGAAAACGUUAAUCAAGAAGAGAAAGUCCGAUGUAAAUUUUCCGUUGGACAAUAAUAGAUAUAAUAGUUGUAGAUACUACGGAAGCAGCCUUAAAGUUAAUAAUAACAAUUUAGCUAAUAGUAACAAGAACACAUUAGGAAACAGUCUUAGGGGGAGUUUAAGCAGCAGCCACAGAAGUAGCAUACAAAAUAGGCAUGUAGAUAGCUUACAACAUAGCCACUCUGGAGACCUACAAAACAAUCAUACGUACUUGAUUUCUGAGAAAAACGUGAUAAUGGAAAAUAUCUUACCAGAACAUGUAUAUUCUCUUCAAAAUAAUGCAAGAAUAAACACAUCUACCAACGGAAUAGUAAAUGAGCCAAACUCGAACAGCUCCAGUGUAAUAAUAACCAAUAAUAAUAAAAUCAGUGCACAUGAAGAUAAUGCAAAUUGUUUUAAUAAAUUUGAUUUAAGUCCGAAUAGACAAAUUUCAAAAAGAGAGGCAGCUAAAUCUAACGCCGACCUGAAUGUAUCAUUUGCGCAGUUGAAUAGCAGUCCUAAUGUAAAAAAAGAUGAUUGUGCAAAAAACAAUAAAAAAAAUAUAAAUGUAAUGGCAAACGUUGAUUUUGAUAAUAAUAUAUUCAAAAAUUUUAAUAAGGAAAAAAUUUUAAUAGAAUCUCAAAAAGAAAAAUGUAAUUUUAAAGCAGAAAUGGUAAAUGAUAUUGAAGCAGCGGCUAGGAACCCAAUUAAUGAUGAGACCGAUAGAAAAAAUAUGAAUGAAAUUUACAAGAAGAUAAAUUCUAUUUCGAUGUUGAAUGAUCUUAGUUUGAACAAACUGGAGAGUCUAAACAGUAAUAUCAUGGAUUUAUACAUGAAAAAUAAUUACGAGGAUAAAUUUCUCGAUGAUGUUAUUUUAGAUGAUAGUAUUUUUAUUUCUUCAAAUAAUUUAGAAAGAGAUAAGACAUUAUGUCUUCAUAGUAGUAGUAGCAGAAAUAAUGAAUAUAAAAAUGGGCAUUCCUUCUUGUCAGAAACUGGUGAAACGGACAGUAUUUUCAAAAUUUCAUUUAGCUGUAAUGAAGAUAUAACAACACUGUCAAAUAGUAAAAGAAAUAACAUGUUUAGUAACAGUUUAGUACUGAACGAAAUAGCAGCAAAACAGAUGUAUCAACAAAAUGGGAAUACAGAAAAAUGCAAUUAUGAUAAUGCAAGUCAAAUGAAAAAUGAUGAUAAUCUAUUUUAUAACAGCGAACACAAGUUAUAUUUUAAAAAAACAUCUAUGCUUUCCAUGCCAGAACAAGAGCAAAGAAUGAGGAUCCCUGUUCAUGCUUCCUUAAGCGAACAAGAGGGGAAAAUGGAAGAACAAGAAGCAAUGGAAAAUGAAGAGGAAAUGGACAAACAAGGAGUAAUGGAAAAUAAAGAGGAAAUAGACACACAAGGAGUAAUGGAAAAUGAAGAGGAAAUAGACAAUCAAGUAGUAAUGGAAAAUAAAGAGGAAAUAGACUCACAAGAAGUAAUGGAAAAUGAAGAGGAAAUAGACACACAAGGAGUAACAGAAAAACAACAAAACAAUAAAAAUGGCGUACAAAAUGCACAGUAUAAUGUGGGCACUUUAGAAGCUCAGUUGGACAAAAAUGUAUGGUUGAAAAAUACCAUGAGUCUUCAAAAAGAUUAUUCUCAUAAUACAAAAAAUAGAAAAGCGGAAACGUUUUCUGUUGAGCAAUUGUCCAAGUACCCAACGGAUGUACUGAUAAGAGAAAAUAAUGUUUUUCUAACAAAUAGUAGUCGAUCAUUUACCAACAAAACAGAUAUCAUAAAUAACUUCUCAAAUUUUGAGACUUAUAAUUAUGAAGACAAAAUGAUGAAAAGUGAGUUUAAAAAAUCGUGCAAUUUAACUUUGUUAAAUACAAGUGGAAUUUCUGACCAAGGCAAGGAAAUUUUGAGUAACAACAAAUAUACGAAUAAGUUACAACAAAUAUCUGAUAUUCAUAAGGAAGAUUUAAAUUAUAUCAAAUUAGAUCACAUGCAGGAGAAUACUUAUACAAAUAGCUCAAGCAGACAUAAUACUAUUAUUAAUUGCGAUCAGGAAAAAACAGCAAAUAUACAGGAAAAAACAUUAGAUGUACAGGUAAAUUCGCCGAAUUAUGAUAAAAUUUUUGACAGGAAAAAAUCCAGCGUAGUCGAUACUAAUCAUAGUAUAUCAGAAUGUAUAAAAAGGAAAAGAAGUGAAAAUGACUGUAACCAACUAAGUGUUAAUGCCAUUAUGGCAAAUACGAGCAUUUUUGACAAGACAAACACAUCGAAUGAUCAUAAGUUGAAAGUACGGAAUAGGAGCAAUGAGAAGGAUUACGAAUGCAAUAUUAGUGGAAAGGUCACUAUCAGUCAAAAUAACAACAAUAACAGGUGCUAUUCUAUGGAAGGUGCAUGCAAAAAGGGGAGUAAUGAUGGAUCGGCUAAAAUUAAUGCUAUUCUUAGAAGAGAAAUAUAUAUGAAAAGUAGUAACAGUGAGGAGGUGGCUACUAAGCAGGGGGAUAAGGAAACGAAUUGUUCAAAUGGAAAUGGAAAGAAUGAAAAUGUUAGCGUAUGUGAUGAUAUAAUGUAUGAACGGCGUGAUAUUUCCGAUGUAGACAAUAAUGAAAUGGAGCAUAGCGUUUCAUACAACGUCAACGAGAGGAAUGACGAAGGGGGGAAUAAUUACAAAGAACACACUGCUGAACGUGCUAAGAAUAAGAAUUCAUUUUCAUAUCAAAAUUUGACAAGUUAUGUAAGUAAAAAUAGUAAUAUAAGAAGCAGUAGUUGUAUAAAUCAAAAUAGCAUGCAUUGCAGUAGUACUAAGGAGCAUGCAUAUAACUGCAAAGACAGUACUGACAACAUUAACAUUUCACAGUUUUCGAUAAAAUCAAGGGGAUGUCAAAGGCGGUCUUACUCGAAUUUGUCACAUGGUAGGAAUUUUGACGUUAUUCAGAAUGAAAUGGCAGCAGGCAAAAAGGAGGUAGCAGCAAGUGAAAAGCAGUUAGCCGAGAGUGAAAAGGGGGUGAACCCCUUUGAGGGGCGUAAGGUUAGCCAAGUAUGGAAGAACAAAAGCAAAGAGGAUCUUAUCUAUUUGUCCUAUCAGUCUAACGGGAAUGAAAUUAAACAAAGUACUAUGAGCAGCAUGUCUGAUAUUUUAAAUUUUGGUAUUAACAACAAUUCUGCUGUUUUUUUUUUUGAUAACAUUCAUAAUUCAUCAGAGUAUGCCACAAUUCCAAAACCAAUUCACAGUUCAUAUUUUGAUGAUGAAUGUAGGUUGUCACAUGUAAAAGAAGAAGUAAUGAAUGUGGAAAGUUCACUACAAGAUAACAAGAACAAUAGCAGUAAGAAUAAUAUAAACUAUUGCAAAACUAUACCUUUGAAUGAUGUUAAAAGUUUCAUUAUUAACUCGAGCAUAAAUAAUAGUUCUUGUUAUCAAAAUGAUGUUAGUCAGAAUAAAUUAGAAAAUAAUAUGCCUUUGCUUGAUAACAUGAACAGUAGGAGCGACCAUGUUACUGUGUCUAAUCUUAUGUCAGUAGGAGAAAAGGGAGUAAACAUUAAAAAUGAAAUUUUAUAUGAUAAACUAUUAACUAGAAACAGUAACAGUGUAACAAUGAACGGAAAAAAUGAGUGCAAUAUAGGUACUAACCUUAGUAUCGUCUGUGCAAAUAAUGACGGUAAUAAAAAUAGCCGUAUUGAUAGUAAUGAAUGCGAAACAGAGCAAAAAAAGCACAUGCAUAGUAGCAGCUUGUGUAAUGCUGUGAAUAAAUUAUAUACAGAGGAUACAAAUGCUCAAGAUGAUUUAAAAGAAGGGAAAGAUAAUAUGACAUAUAAAAAAAAAAAAAAAACUCCAAGUGAGCUAUCUAACGAUAUUUUAGAAGUAUGUAGCACUAGUUACUCUUUUGAAAAAUGCGAAAAAAUGUAUAAACGUAAUAACCAGCGAGAAAAAAAGGAUUCACCUGAAAGCAGAGAGGAUAUCAAUGCAGACGGAAAUAAAAAUGUAGGUAAUGAAAGAAAAGCAAUAAUGUGCAGUUCCUCAUGUAAUAAACAUAGAAACAAUGAGAUGAAUAAUCCUGUCAAAAGGGACCAACGUGAUGAUGAUAACAAUAAAAAUGGUUCAUGUGAUGUCAAAAAUUCAUUUUUUGAAUAUAUUGAUGAAAAAAAUAAUUUUUUUCUAAUGAAUGGUGAAGCGAGUAAGGAAGGGAUAUCGAAUAAGUUUAAGCAUAUCUAUACUUUUGCCCCAUUAGAAGAAAAUUGUAAAGACUCAAUAAAUUACAAAGUGGAAGAAUUCAGACGAAACAGUUAUGGCACCUCAAAUGGGAAAGGCACUGGUGUUGAUACGGGUGAUACAAGUCGAGAAAAGAGGGGAGAAGCAAAAUCCGAUAGCGAUUAUUUAAUCGAUGGAAGCGAGAAGAAAUAUGAUCACCAUGAAAGUAGUUACCUAAAGAGUUGGACGUGCAUUGACAGCAACUGCAAUAAGGUGGAUGGAAAUUAUUCAAAUAGGAAAACAAGUCAGAGUUUUAAAACAAUUGAUGAUGCCUAUGGCAGUAGAGCGGUACAUGAAGGAGGGAAAGAGUACGACGAGCAAAAUAUAAAGACUGAUAUUCUCUGUGAAGGAAAUUAUAGAAAUGACUCCAACUAUGGAAGUAAAACCAACUAUGGAAGUAAAACCAACUAUGGAAGUAAAACCAACUAUGGAAGUAAAACCAACUUUGAAAGUAAAACCAACUUUGAAAGUAAAACCAACUUUGAAAGUAAAACCAACUUUGAAAGUAAAACCAACUAUGAAAGUAAAACCAACUUUGAAAGUAAAACCAACUAUGGUAGUAGUAUCAGCAAUAGACUUGAAACGAACAAUAUUAAUGGUAAUCAUAGAAACAAUUCCAAGAACGUAAAUUAUGGAUUGACUUAUGCAAACGCAGAUGGUGCUAGUGAUGCGUGUAAUAAGGAGAACAUAUUUGGAAACUACUCCUCUAACAUUUACGAGAAUGAUAAGGUAUUAAAUAAAGAGUUUUAUGAUGAUGAUGAUGAUGAAAGAAGUAAAAGCAAAAGAAUAGAUAUGGUGUACUAUAACAGAGGUGAAUACAGUUGUGAAAUAGAUAGUCCAGAAAUGAAUGAAAACAUGGAAAAAAAUUAUUACACAAGAAAUGUGUAUUUGGAAAAUAAACAACAUAAUGAGAAUAAUUACAACGAACAAGAUAUAAGAAAAAAAAGAGAAAAAAAAAAUGAAAGUAGCCAUUGUAAUAAUAAUAAUAAUGAUAAUUCUAUUACAACGAAUAAUAAAAAUGGUGACUACAGAAAGAAUUCCAUCGAAUUAAGUGAAAAAAUGAACCAUAAGAAUGGGAAUGCAUUAAAUAAAUAUUCAACAAAUGACACAAAUAAUAUUAAUGAAAAGGAAAUAAAAUCAAAGGUACCUAACUCUGAGGAUGGAAAAAAGAACAUAUAUGAUAUUAUGCAUAAUGAAAAGGAAAAAAACAAAGGAAAGAAUUUGAUGAUGAAUAAAAAUAACCAAAAAAUAACAGGAGAUAAUAAUGUAUAUAUAGAAAAUGGUGUUAAUAAUAACAGCCAUUACAGAAGUCGCACUAUGUAUGCACAUGAAGAGAGAGGUAGAGAAAAUAUUUAUCUGGGCCAUUCGUAUACCGUUAAUUUGAACAGAGAAGAGGAAGUAGAAAUAGAAAGAGAGAAUGAAAGUAAAAGAGAGAGAGAGAUAGAAAACGAAAGAAAGAGAGAAAUAGAAAACGAAAGAAAGAGAGAGAUAGAAAACGAAAGAAAGAGAGAGAUAGAAAACGAAAGAAAGAGAGAGAUAGAAAACGAAAGAAAGAGAGAGAUAGAAAACGAAAGAGAAAGAGAGAUAGAAAACGAAAGAGAAAGAGAGAGAGAAAGACAAAGAUCCUGUUGCGGGAAUGAUACCACUUUGAAAUACGAGAAAGAAGAUAAUACAAUCGAAAGGGCAAAUGAUCAAAUGAGUGUAAACGAUUCUUUCUGGAGGAAUGAAAAUAACGAAAUAAAGUCAGACGUAGCAACUGCUCAGAAUGUUUGGAAUGUACCGUACAAUAAUAAGGAGGUGAACUAUUUUGUGGAAGAUAUAUUGAUGGAACCAUAUAAUAAGAAGAAAAUAUAUAAAGAGAAUAAGAAGAGAUAUAAAGGCGAAGAAGAAUAUUAUAAACGUGGCAUAAAGGGGAAUAUUAAUGAUGUUGUUAUGUAUGAUAAUUUUAGUAGAAAUAGGAAAAACAAGGAUGAUCAGAUCUAUGACGUGCCAAUGUAUAAUAAUAAAAUAAAUUCGAAAUAUUAUAAUGAAGGGAAUAAAAUAUUUUAUGACCAUAUUCAUAAUAAUUUUGACCAUACAGCGAAACAAAAUUAUUAUUACGAUUAUGAUCAUCAUCAGCAUCAGUAUCACUAUUACGACUGCGAUCAAAAUUAUGAGUACCGUUAUAAUGACAAUGAUGCAAAUGAUUAUAUGAAAAAAAAGGAAACCUAUGUUGUGCAUAAGAAUUAUGAACCGAAUGAAAAAUAUGAGGAUACAAAUUCCUUCAUUUCAGCUGAAAAAAGAAAAAUAGUCGAAAAAUCCAAAACGAGUGUAGGUACUUUGGAGAAUUAUUUUCAUAAGGAUAAGAAACAUUCCAAUAUAGAACUUCCAACGGGUAAUCUUUCAAAGGAGCAGUAUCUAAGAGCUCACACGUCCUCCUACCUAGAAAAGGGGAAUGAAAACAAAAGGGAAAAAUAUAACGAUAGUUUUCUUCUCAAAAAUGAAAAUAUACAAUGCGGUACUAAUAAGGACAAUACGUAUUAUAAUAGUAACAUUGUUGAUCUAAUUAAUAUGAACUAUCUGAAUGGUUAUGGGAACGAAGCGAACAUGAAUGGGAAUGAGAAUGGGAACGCAAAUGAGAAUACAAAUGCUCAUGAACAAUUCAGAAUAAAAGGAAACGACAAUUUAUAUGACCAUGCAAAUUAUCAUCAAGAGGUCGAAGAAGUAGAAUAUAAUCAAAAUAGAUAUACAUCCCAGGGAAGUAAAUUUCGCGAAUAUCAUAGAGAAAAUGAUGGAAAAGAUAGUCCACCUUAUAAACGUAGUAGUAGUAAUAAUGAUAAUAAUGUAAAUGCGUUUCCACCUCCUUUUAUAUAUGAUACGAAAUAUAAAUAUGAACAAAAAAUUAAUUAUGAUAAAGGGAUAGACAAAAGAAUAAGUGAAAAUGCUAAGAGGAGGAACUACUCAAAUGAUGUUAAUUAUGACACUCCUUUUAGAAAAGCUAAUACGAAUUAUGAAAAUUAUAAAUUCACUAGUGAUAUACACAAUGAAAAUUACGACAAUUGCUGUAUUAUGCACUCUGAUGGAGCUAGAAUAGGCAGGAAUACAAAUUACAUUGGGACCUACAAUAAUGCAGUGGUAUAUCGUCAUGCAGAUGUUCAAAGUUACGUGUGGGGUAAUGAAGGAAGAAAUGGGCAUGCUAAUUUUGACAAAAGGGAGAAUAACACUGAACAAAUUAGUAGCAGCAGAGGAAAUAGUAGAGGGAAUAAUAGAAGCAAGAACAGAAGCAGUAAUAUCAGCAGUGUUAGUGUGAGCAGCAAUAAUAAUGAAAUUUUGUAUGAUAUGUGUCGUGAACAUUUGGACACCUUGGGGAAAGAGAAAAAUACACAAGUGCUCAGCAAAAUAAUGGAUGUUAUGAUGAAUAUACAGAACGACUUGAAGGACGUAAAACACAAGUUAACUAAAAAAAAGAAAAAGGAGUUGAAUGAGAAUGAAAAUGAAAAUAUAGACAAAGAGACAGAAAAAAGGAAUAAUAAUGAAUCAUGUAUAAAGGGUGAUAAUAUGUCAUCUAAACAUCAGAGUAAAAAAUGCUUAACAUUUUUGAAAGAAGAAAAUAAAGUAGAUGAGGGAAGGAAGGAUGUAGCAUUAGAUGCCUACUCAAAGGAUGGAAGAUCUAUUGAUAAGGAAAGCAAGGAGACGAAAUUUGGUAGCGAUGGUAGUACUACACCCAAUAAUGGAUGCAAAGAGGAUAAAGGAACGAAAGAAAAGGAUACGUACGAAAAGAACGUCAACGAAAAAGGCACAUACGAAAAGGGAAAAAUUCUAACGAAAGGUUUUUCAAAAAAUGGAGUAAACGAUAUCGAUAAGGCUUUGGAAAAUAAUAAAAACCAUUUUAGUGAAAAACAAAGAGAGGAGUCAAUAGAUCAAAGGAAAAGGAACAUAAAUAACUUCACUAUAAAUAAAGAAUUAUGCACAAGUUUUAACUUAGUGUUAAAGAAUUUAAAUUAUGAGAAUAUCGAUGAUUCAGUUAUUUGCAAAUCGAAUAGAUUAUAUUUAUUUAAUAAAUUUUUUACCUCUUUGUUUUAUAAAGACAGUACUAGGACACAUAAUUUUAUUAUGUUUAAUAUUUACAAUAUAGAACAGAAAAGACAAACACAUAAAGUUUCUUUAUUUCAAGAAAAGGAUUAUUAUGACAUGUUUCAUUUGGCUUAUAACAACUUAUUAUUUUAUGCUUUUGACUGCUAUAAAUUUUAUCGACAUAUAAAAAAUAAAUUUAAGGAUACAUAUAAAAUUUAUGAAAAUUCUACUAUGUGUUUAUAUAUUAAUAAUAAUUAUGAAACAAAUUUAAUAAAUAGAAUUUUCAUUGAGCAGAAUAACUAUAACAACAAUGUAUACCACUUGAAUGAAAAAAGAAUAUUGAAGACUUCAACUAAAUAUUUCUUGGAUCAUUUCUUAUCCUUAAUAGAUAAAAAAAUUAAUAUAAAAAAUAUAAUCCCAUUAAUGAAAAAAAGUAAUUAUGAAUUAGAUCAAAAUAAUUUAUACUUCUUCAUUUCGACCUUUAAUUUAAUGGACAAAAUUUUUAGCGAUUCAAAUGGUUUUGAUUGCAAUAAAAAAAUUUUUGAAAAAAAUUCUCCUAAUGUAAAAAAUUUCGCAAUUUUUUUUAAGUUUAUAAAUGACGCCUCUAAUUUUUAUGACUCAUUCAUUAGUGGGACUAACGCGAAUAAUAGUGGGAACAUUAGCACAAAUGCUAAUAAUAACCCGAAUGAUAUUCCUAAUGAUAACACAAAUGGCAGUGAAGUACACAGAGGCUGUUACAGACUAAUAAUUGUAGCCUUACAUAAAGGAAAAUCGUUCAAGUACAACAAAUUGUCCUUUAGUAGUUUUAUGAAAACGAGGGAUAAUGAAUUACACAAAUAUUACAAUAAUUACGACUCGAUGUCUUUUGAAAAUAACACCGUAAUACUUUUUAACCUGUCCUAUGCCGUUCCCUUUUAUUAUGUAGAAUAUUACAAAAACUAG